CGGGUGGGAGGCUGGCACGUUAAACAAAACUCAAAAGUGAUCGUCGUCCCCAACAAGGCGUUCGGGUAUUUACAAGUUGGAUUUUGGACUCUUUUAGACAAGGAGAGCGUAAAUCGCUCAGGAAUCCCACGAUCCCUACCUCACCCUCCAUCACACCUCGCCAGCCAUUUCUUUCUUCCUUUCGAACCAUUUCUUUCUUCCUUUCGAAGAAGUUAGCGUUCGUUACCUUCUCUCUCUCUCCUGCCUGUCCACCGGCCGCCGGCGCCUUUUUAUCGGAUUCGCUUCUCUUCAGGUGAAGACCAGCUUCUCUUUCCUAAGAAUUCCCCUCUUUCCAAUUUUGCAAGGUUAAGAUGAUUUUGAUGAUAUAUUGUAGUGAAGCCUGGGCGCUGGUCUAGUACCUUGCUUCCUGCACUCCGUCCAUAGGAUAAAUGGGUUGUUUCAGCUCUAAAGUAAGAAGACAAUUUCCUGGGCAUGAGGAUCCUGUGACUCUCGCAUCACAGACAGCUUUCACUGUUAGCGAGGUUGAAGCACUGUUUGAGCUAUUUAAGAGCAUAAGUGGUUCUGUUGUUGACGAUGGACUAAUAAGCAAGGAAGAAUUUCAGCUGGCAAUUUUCAAAAAUAGGAAGAGGGAGAAUCUCUUUGCAAAUCGGAUCUUUGAUCUGUUUGAUGUUAAAAAGAAGGGAGUCAUUGAUUUCGGUGAUUUUGUUAGAUCACUCAAUGUGUUCCAUCCAAAUGCACCACAAGAAGACAAGAUAGAUUUUUCAUUUAGGCUUUACGAUUUGGACAGCACAGGCUUCAUAGAGCGGCAAGAGGUACGUAGCCUGGUUAUUACCCAUGUAUAUGCCAACCAAAGUACUCAUAUUUGAUUCAGUUUAAAUACCUGCAUUUUUACUUUCAGAUUUUUUUUUUUUUU